GUGCAUGCGUGUGAAGGUGUAGCGAAGGAAUGGCGGGAAAAAGGAAAAUUGCAAAAUUGCCGUGAAGCGACCGCACAAGUCGACGAUGAGGCGAAUAUCGACGUAAUCGAUGUUACCAUGAAAUCAAAUUAUCGACAGGCGGAGUUAAAAACUCAGUCGAUAAAACAUCGAGAAGAACGUAAUUGCAAAUGGAGGAUGAAAGGAUACAGAAGAAACGCGUUCCAACGAAAAUGGAAGAAACACCAUGUACACUCUAGCGCUCGAACGGCCGAAGACAAAUUAAUCUUCGCCGCGAUUCAACAGUGUGAGAUGGAAAGCGUUCGAGGGAGUAACGGAUACAAAAUCUCCUGCAUACACGAAUCGCGAGUCCACCUCUUCUCCCCGUCACAGGGGCGACGUUAGUCUUCGGAAAUCACGGGGGGCUGUCAAACCCGACUUUUCUGACAUCUUUCGACU